AUGUACAACGUCCCCCUGCCCGUGUCCGUCCUCCGCACCCGGAUACGUGAGGAGUUUGAGCGCCACAGAUUCGCCAACAAGCUCCCCGUGGUGGACGUUCUCCUGUUCAAGAGCCACGCCGAAUAUCAGGAGACGAUGAACUUCUGGAAGCAGACGACGCACAUCAUGUCCUACUUCAAGGAGGAGAACUUUAGAGGAGACAAGCGGUUGCCCAACAGCUUCAUGACUGGAUUCCUGGAGGGCCGCAACUAA